AUGACUGCUUACGAGAGGGUAUGUUUCUGUCCAUCUACAGAGAAACAACGGAAAAGAGAAGACACAGUUGCCUGCUAGCUGGCUGAGCGCGCCCCCAACCCCACUUCUCCCUCCAUCCCCAAAGGCCAACGGCAAACAGGGAGACAGAGAGAUCUUGCAAUCUCCAAGACGCAUACUAACUAUUCACCGCAGCUAAGUAAUGACGAGAGUACCGCUCAUGACGUUUCACCUUCGCGGAGUAGCAUGAGCAACACCAUGAAUUCUUCAACUAGAUUAUCCAUAGAUUCCGACACGCAGACAGCUCACAGCCCCGCCUCGUCUUCGUCUCCACCUUCAUCUUCGGCUAACCCUUCCUCCGCCACCGUUGUUGAUCUCGAGUCGCAGCAACGGCCACGUCUCACGCCGGCACAACGGGCACUACGAGUAUUCAACCAUUUUGUCCCCAUCCAACAGACUUACCAUCGUAUAUCGAAUGGAAUCCAGCAUGGACGCAUGGAGCGCAAUGUGCCCGGGAGAUUUAUCGGGCAGGGCACCGAUGGUGUUUUCCAGAACCUCAUGGCUAAACCGGAUACUGCUGCCGUGUUGCAGCAGCAGCAGCGCGAGCUUCAUCCGCCCACGUACGAGGAAGCUAGCCAGGACCUGAGCCCGGAGUAUUGGGAACUGACGAUGAUUUCACCCAUGUAUGAAGACGAGGUGUUUGUGCAGGGUUUACCCAUGGGCAACAUUGCCAAUUUCGCAUGGAAUGCGCUUGUCACCAUUGCGUUUCAGUUUGUCGGCUUCAUCUUGUGCUAUUUAUUGCAUACUUCUCAUGCUGCCAAACAGGGGUCUCGCUUUGGACUAGGGGUCAAUUUGAUCAUGUAUGGAUGGAACGUGAUGCCUGUCAACACGGGCAAUGCCAAUGAGAAGCCGCAGAAGUUGAUUAUUGACGAUGCGAAUGACUUUGACAUUGACAAGAAUGCCAAGUUUACCGGUAGAGUCGAUAACUAUGUCGCUAGUGGCGUGUUUGUGCAGGGUGCCAAUGACGCAGCUGACGAUGCGUUGGGCGGAGGCAGUUAUGCUAAUGCUCCCUACGUCGCGUAUGGAUUGAUAGCAUUUGGACUCUUUGUGAUUUUGAAGAGCUGUGUUGAUUACUACAAGAUUAAGCAGAUGGAGAAGCAGAUUUUGAACCCUUCGGUGAGCAGCGCGGUCGAGACCCAAACUGUCACUGGUCAAGUUGAAAACGACGAAGAGUCUUCUGGAAGCGACCACGAAGAACAUCACCGUGAACAUGAACGGUAA